AUGUGUCGCAUCCUCUAUCCCUUUGGUGCCCAAAUUUGGCCUCAGUACUUCAGCUUGUACCUACUGAGAUCCACCUUAAAGCUCUUUAAGCAGGCGGUGAUCAAUGGCCUACAGCAGGACCUGGAGAAUGACGAAAUCCGCCAGGCCAGCCAGCCACGCACCCGGCCCCAUUGGUUCCACGACAAGUCUUUUUUCGCGCUGAGUGGCCCAGGCUUUCUGAAUGAGGCUCUUGGCAUGCACCAGGGUUACCCUGGUCGCAUCCAACGUCCUUCCAUUGCCACCAUUCAAGUCGCGCGGGAGAAGCAAAUGGUCGCAGGUCACAACAAAGAUGAGGACAACGGAACCAAGAUCCAUCUUCUCAUGGGGAGGCAAAAUCUGCAUUACCCCACAGCCACGGCACGGCGAACUGGCCCACCACUCCACGAUGGCUCGGGGAGAUGGACAGAUUCCCAGCCGGGCAAUAGCCCGGCAAGGCAGAGGCAGAUACAGAGAGACAGACCGCUGCUGGUGGCCCGUAGGAACCAGAGAAGGGAAAGGAGGCAGGAUAUUGUGACCGGCGUCCCCGGUCGCGCGCCACCCCGCCAAGGCGCCGACGCUUGGCGUUUGCUGCCGUCGUCCGCGCCCGCGGCCAGGAAGCAAGCAGCCUGGCAAGAGCGCCCCAAGGCUCUGGACGUCAUCCCGCAGUGUCGCUGCUCUCCGACCUACCAGCAGGAACGCAAGUAG